AUGGGUCAAAUGGUGCUUAAGCUGGACAUAAGCAAAGCUUAUGAUAGGGUUGAAUGGGAAUUCUUGGAGCGUGCUAUGAGGAAUCUCGGGCUUGGGGAAAGUAUGGUCAGUCUCAUCAUGUCUUGCAUUAGUUCGGUAUCCUAUUUUGUUUUGCUCAAUGGGCAACCUAUUGGUAAUAUCACACCUAGUCGUGGCCUUUGGCAAGGUGACCCUUUGUCGCCUUAUCUCUUCCUAAUCUGUGCUAUCGAUGACAGUGUGUUAUUUUGCAAUGCCAAAGAAGCUGAGUGUCAGAAAAUUCUUGAUAUUCUAGCUAUCUAUGAGAGGGGUACAGGUCAGAAGAUUAAUCGUGAGAAAACUAAUAUCUUUUUUAGUUCUAACACCCCCCAUAAGGUUCGGGUUCAGAUUCAACAGGUCUUGGGUGUUCCAACUAUUCGCCAAUUUGAGAAGUAUUUGGGUUUGCUGGCUUUGCAUCGAAAAACCCAUUGGGUGAAAUGGGAGCACUUAUGUGAAGCCAAAGAAGGUGGUGGGAUGGGGUUUAAAGAAAUUGAAAAACUCAAUGAUGCUUUAUUGGCGAAACAAGUGUGGCGAUUGAUUAAUAAUCCUGAUUCUCUAUGCCAUAGAGUUUUUAAGGCCCGUUUCUUCCCGGAUUGCUCUAUCUUGGAAGCUCAAGAUUCAAGCUCAGGGUCUUAUGCUUGGAAAAGCAUUAUCAGUGCUAAGGAUGUAAUUCGAAAAGGGAUGGUUUGGCGCAUAGGUACAGUGGAGGCUGUGCGAAUUAAGGAGGAUAGGUGGCUGCUUGGAAGUACUAACUGUUCAGUCCUAUUACCCCUUCCAUCUUUGGCUCCUGAUGUGAAAGUUUCCUCUCUAAUUGAUCAAGAAAGAGUAGCAUGGAAAGCGGAGGUUGUGCAGCAACUGUUUUUGCCCCAUGAAGCCGAGAUUAUCUUGGGAAUUCCUUUGAGCAUUCGACGUCUCGAUGAUCGUAUUACAUGGGCGUUCACGUCGUCUGGUAUGUUCACUACUUGUAGUGCUUACAAAAUGCUAGUUUCCUGUGAUUCAUCUUUUAGUGAAGGUAGCUCAAACCCGGAAGCUCAGAAAAAAUUUUGGAAGGGUAUUUGGCAGCUACGGGUCCCUAACAAAAUAAAGCACUUUGUGUGGCGAAUAUGCAAUAACGCCUUGCCAACAAUGGUGAACCUUCAUCGGUGUAAUAUUUUCCAAAUGCAAACUGUGCACUAUGCAAGGAUCAUCCUGAAGACUCCAUCCAUGCACUUUGGGCUUGUGAAGUUAUUUCGGGUGUGUGGAAUACGUUGGACUGGUUCAACCAAUCCGUGGCGGCAGAAUCGAGCUCCUUCAAUGAUUUACUUUCCAGGUUCCUGUUUUUCUGUGAGGAGUUCAGAGCUGAGAUUUUUGUUACCAUUGCGUGGUUCCUGUGGAAUAGACGUAAACUUUGAUGCCACGGUGUUUCGUGCCUCACGUUUGGCGGGUUUAGGUGUCAUUGUUCGUAACAAUAGUGGGGAGGCUGUGGGUGCCCUGUCUUUGUCCAUUCCUUUGGCCCACUCAGUGGCGGAUUUAGAAGCCUUAGCUUGUUUGAAGGCUGUUCAGUUUGCACUGGAGCUUGGUCUCACUCGUGUUGUGUUUGAAGGGGAUUCUACAGUUAUCAUUAAUGCUCUUCUUCAUGGUGCGGGUGAUAUGGCUAGUUUCGGCAAUAUUUUAGGCGAUAUUCGGAUGCAUUCUGAUGUUUUUCAAUUCGUUGAAUUUGCUUAUGUUAAUCUUAGUUGUAAUGCUGUGGCUGAUGCGCUUUCUAAGAAAGCUAAGUCAAUUUGGGGGGUUCAGGUUUGGCUAAAUGAUUUGCCAGCUGAUAUUGCCCCGUUGCUACUGUGUGAUGUUCAUUAA